AUGGAGCAGACGCCAUGCCUCUCACAGAUGCCGAUUCCGUCAUCAACAGUAAAACGUAACAAUUCUCCACGUGUCUCCAAUGGGUCAACUGUUGUAAAAUACGAGGACUUCAAUUUUCAAUUUAUUCCGGAGGAGAGUAAAUACGAGAAACUUACGAAAAUUGGACAAGGUACUUUCGGAGAGGUGUUCAAAGCUAGGGAUAGAAAAACCAGACGACUUGUGGCCAUGAAGAAAGUCUUGAUGGAAAAUGAGAAAGAAGGGUUUCCAAUUACUGCACUGAGAGAAAUAAAAAUUCUACAGUUGCUCCGGCAUGAAAAUGUCCUGAAUUUGGUAGAAAUAUGCAGAACAAGAGCCACACCCUAUAAUAGAGGAAUGAGUACAUUCUACAUGGUGUCUGAUUUUGCUGAACACGACCUAGCAGGACUUCUGAGCAACACAAAUGUGCGAUUUAGUUUAGGAGAAAUUAAAAAGAUAAUGCAACAGUUAUUGAAUGGUCUGUACUUCAUACAUGAAAACAAGAUUUUACAUAGGGAUUUGAAAGCUGCAAACAUACUAAUUACUAAACAUGGUGUGCUAAAGUUGGCAGAUUUCGGCCUCGCUCGUGCUUGGAGUCAACCUCAGCGAAGUAACCAGAACAAAUACACCAAUAGGGUGGUGACCUUGUGGUACCGCCCUCCAGAGCUGUUACUCGGGGAAAGAAAUUAUGGGCCAAUCAUUGAUCUUUGGGGGGCAGGAUGCAUAAUGGCUGAGCUUUGGACACGCACACCAAUUAUGCAAGGAAAGACGGAACAGAAUCAAAUGUUCCUGAUCUGUCAACUGUGUGGAUCCAUUACUACUGAUGUGUGGCCUAAUGUCGACAAAUAUGACCUCUUUACUCAGAUGGAACUACCUACUGGUCAAAAACGCAGAGUUAAGGAAAGACUAAAAGCCUAUGUUAAGGAUCAAUAUGCUCUAGAUCUCAUUGACAAGCUCUUGGUGCUGGAUCCUUCAAAGAGAUAUGAUGCAGAUACUGCCCUGAACCAUGAUUUCUUUUGGACAGAACCUGAACCAAUAGACCUGGCUGAAACCUUGUCUAAACACACAACAUCAAUGUUUGAGUACUUAGCUCCACCCCGGAGAGGAGUUCAACAAGGACACCGGAUUCACCCACACCAGGCACAGACACACCGCCCUGUACAUAACAAUGACCAGCAUUUUGAUCAAGUCUACUGA